AAUCGCUUGAGGUGAUCUGUGUGAAAAAACCAGUGAAUAGAUGGAUACCCAUUUCGUUGGUGCUCUUAUCCUCUUAGCUUUGGCUACUCCCAUUGUCUUUGCUUAUGAUCCCAGUCCCCUGCAAGACACAUGUGUUGCUGUAAAUGACACAAAAUAUGGAGUGUUCGUAAAUGGGAAAUUCUGCAAGGACCCAAAGCUUGCCACAGCCAAUGAUUUCUUCCUUUCAGGGCUUAACGUAUAUGGGAACACCUCGAACAGACUUGGGGUGGCAGUAACUCCGGUGACAGUAAACGAGCUACCUGGACUCAACACACUAGGCAUAUCCAUGGCUCGAAUAGACUUCGCACCAUAUGGUCUCAACCCACCACACACCCAUCCUAGAGGCACUGAGAUACUUGUAGUCUUGGAGGGGACCCUAUAUGUUGGUUUUGUAACCUCCAACCCUGAUAAUCGCCUUAUCACCAAAGCUCUUAAUAAGGGAGAUGUGUUUGUGUUCCCCAUAGGACUCAUUCAUUUCCAAUACAAUACAGGAAAAACUAAUGCUGUUGCCAUUGGAGCUUUAAGUAGUCAAAACCCCGGUGUCAUCACCAUCGCAAAUGCUGUCUUUGGAUCCAACCCUUCCAUAUCAGAUUAUGUUCUUGCCAAAGCCUUCCAACUUGACAAGAAAGUGGUUGAUGAUCUUCAAGCUAAAUCUUGGAUGUGAACAACAAGAAUGAU